AUGUACACGUACAGCGGGCUGCGUGCGCGUGAUAAUGCACGCAAGCAUAGUACAUGGAUGGCCCUGGCCACUCCAAUUAAGUAUUUGCACGUGGCAAUGCUCAUUGACGACGACAUUGGAAUGGUUAGCGCUUUCUGCUACCAGUUUGAUCUGCGGUACAGCUACUGCGUUAACACGCUGGAGAUUGGUAUCUUUGGCACCAUCACAUUCCUCGGACCCUUCACAGAUGUUCAGGAUGCUUAUUUCGAGAACGCCGUCACCGGUGGCACGGGCAUCUACAGGGGCGCUGAGGGCGUAGUGAAAGUGAAGGUGCUGAAGCAGGGCGAGGUGUACGCAUACAAGAUCGUGCUUGAGGACGAGCCCAAGUGCUAUGACAAGUAA